AUGUUCGCCUCGAACCCGGCCCUGCGCCUAUGCCUCGUGGUACUAAGCAUUGUCUUCAUCUGGUCGCCCCUCGCGGCAGCCGUCCCCCACGGACCCUCAUCCAACACCAAGGGUGACCACCUCGAUAAGCGCUACAGCAGCCCGACAGUCAUCUGGCCGGCGAACCUCACCCGGACGCCGAUGAACGUGUUCCUCCAGAUCCUCAACACUCAGCCGAACCCGGACCCAGAUCUCAUCAAGGAGUGCGUCACGCUCGACGCGACGUACGUGUCCCUGACGAUGGACAACCCGAACCUGCAUAAGAUCAUGCCGUGGGCGGGGACACGCUACCGGGUGGGCUACCAAGCCUUCCUAGACACCUUCACGCGCGUGGGUCUCUGGUGGACCCGCGGCCCGUUCUCGAUCGACGCCAUCUUCACUGACGGCGGCGGCAAUGUCACCGCGUGGGGCCAGUUCGAGAUCACCUCCAACACCAUGCAGAAGACCAUCACUGCGCCGUGGUCGGCCCGCGCCGAGGUCAACGAUGAUAUGAAGAUCACCUACUUCCAAUAUAUGGAGGAUACAUUCGGCACGGCCAGUACCUUCUGGGCGGAUGGACAGAAGGAGUAUCGGGCUGAUCCUUAUGGGGGAAGUGUGUGGCUUUGA